AGGAAACACGAAAGAGACUCAAUGCUGCCUGGGGCUCCCGAAGAGGUUUGCUUUGUCCCCCAACACGAAGGCUCAGAGGCGGCAGUCUCAGAGAGAGGACUCCCAAGAUGUGUGACGUGGAGAUGGCCUUGCUCUCGGCCAGGCUGGAACAUGGAACCCAGGGACAGUGAGCAUUCCACCCUGCCUAUUGGCCAUGCAGCCCACCCAUGCUAGCCACCCGCACACCCGGAGUUGACGGACAGAUGGCGCUGAGCUGGAGGGUGCUCUGCGUGGCCCUGCUGGCUCUGUGCUGGAGGCCCAGUGUGACAGGGGCACAGAAAACGGUUCCGCUGCAGACACUGCGGUGCUACAACGACUAUACCAGCAACAUCGUCUGCAGCUGGGCGGACACCGAGCAUGCGCAGAAGCUCAUCAACGUGACCCUCCAUCGGCAGGUGAACAGGAACCUUCCUCAGCCCGUGUCCUGUGACCUCAGUGACAAGCUGCCCUGGUCAACCUGCCCAUCAUCCCGCUGCGUGCCCAGAAAAUGUGUCAUUCCCAACACCAUUUUUAACCUCGUCAGCACAGACUUUUACUCAUUCCAACCAGACCGGGAUCUGGGCGUCCAGCUCACGGUUCCUCUGCUCCAGCACGUUCAGCCUCCACCUCCGGAGAACCUACGAGUCUACCCAGAUGGGAACAUUUUCCUACUGAACUGGAGCGUGCCCCUCAGGGAUGCCCAACCUCCCUUGCUGUCCCGGGACGACGUGGAGUUUGAAGUGACCUACAGGCGUCUUCAGGACUCCUGGGAGGACGCUGCCCACGUCCGAGUCUCGGCCUCGUCCACACUCCUGGGGCCACCGAGGGUCCUGCCCAGCAGUACGUACGUGGCUCGAGUACGCACCUGGCUGAACGCCUCAGCUUUGCAUGUUAGGGGCAUACCCAGCCUGUGGAGCCCUGAGGUGCAGUGGGACUCCCAGCCAGGAGAUAUGGCGCAGCCCCAGAACCUGAGAUGCUUCUUCGAUGGGGUCCAGGCGCUCAGCUGCUCCUGGGAAGUGAGGACCCAGCUGACCGGCUCCGUCUCCUUCGGCCUUUUCUACAGCUCCAGCCCCGACGCACAGGAGGAAGAAUGUUCCGAGGUGCACACGGAGCCACUGGGCAGCCUCUACACGCGGUACCGCUGCAGGAUAGCUGUGCACAACCCUCAAACCCAGAAGCAGUACACGGUCUCAGUUAAGCCACAGAGGCAAGGGAAGUUCAUCAACAACGCAGAACACAUCCAGAUGCCUCCACCAACCCUCAAUGUGACCAGGGAUGGACACAGCUACAGCCUGCGUUGGGAAACGAUGAAAAUGUUUUAUUCACACAUCGAUAACACAUUCCAGGUCCAGUACAGGGAGGACUCAGCCACAUGGAAUGACAGCAAGACAGAGACCGUCCACAGAGACCACAACAUGGCAUUGCCAGUGCUGAAGCCUUCCACCAAGUACUGGGCCAGGGUGAGGGUCAUGCCCAUCCAAAGAUACUACCAGGGGAUCUGGAGUGAGUGGAGCGAGGAGCACUUCUGGACCACGGAGUGGGUGCUCCCCACGUGGGUGCUGGUUCUCAUCCUGAUCGGAGCCACCCUGGUCUUGCUCCUGACCCUGCGCUUCGGAAGCAUCUAUGGCUACAGGCUGAACAGGAAGUGGAAGGAGACCAUCCCCAGCCCCAGCAGGAGCCAGCUGUUCAAGGACGGAGGUGCGGGGUUCCUACUUCCGGCCAGCGUGGCCGCCUUCCCCAGCAAAAGCCCUGUCCCUUGGGGUUCCUGGAGCAACGUCUCUUCCGAGCUGAGGGGCGCGUGGCCUACAUAUCUGGGGGAUGGUGAGGUGUCCUCUCUCACCACAGAGGACCCCAACCUUGUCCAAGCUCCAUCAUCUAAGCCUGAUACACCCCCAGCUGCCUCACCUGUGCCCGUGGAACAGCAGCCCCCUGGCCUCUCCCUAGACCCUCCAGGCCCCUCAGACCAGCUCAAGAAGCAGGUCCUCAGCUUUGAUUUCAAUGGUCCUUACCUGGGGCCACCCCACAGCUGCUCGCUGCCUGACAGUAUGGACCAGCUGGUGAACCCACAGUCAAGGGGGACCCUGAAGCCCGCUCUGCCAACCUCCUUGGAGUACCUGUGUCUGCCCCCUGGGGGACAGGUGCAGCUGGUCCCAUUGGCCCAGGCAACGGGGGAGGACCAGAAUGUGCACAUGGAAAAUGGGCCCAGCCUGGAGGCUGAAGGGAGCCCCGGCUCGCAAUCAGGAGGUGGACCUGCCGAUCCAGCACCUGGGCCAAAUGUGAAGAAACAGGACCCAGGAGAGGACAGCCCAGUGGCUCUUCCCAUAGGCGCCGAGGACCCUAUGGUGACCUCUGGUUACGUCUCUCCCGCCGACCUGGUGCUCACCCCGCCUAUAGGGGCCUUGUCUGUCGCCCUGGAGCCUCCCUCAGACAAGAGUCCCAGCCUCUGCCCCAGGCUAGCUGAUGGGUCCCCAGGAACCCCAGUUCCUGGGCUACCAAAGUUUGAAGGCUAUGUAGAGCUCCCCGCAACCAUGGGCCAGGCCCCUCAAUGCAGUCCUCCCUCACCCAGCAGCCCUGUUGUGAGGCCCGGGGAGCCCCGGGAGGAGGUGGUCCCCGCAUCCCCGCAGCCUGAGGGCCUCCUUGUCCUGCAGCAGGUUGGGGACUACUGCUUCCUCCCUGGCCUGGGGCCGGGCUCCCCCUCACCACAAAGCAAGCCCUCCUCCCCCGGCUCAAGUCCCGUGAUCGAAGACCUAGGCAAGGUAUUGCCUGGCAAGAAGCCCCCUUGUGAGCCCACAGCCCAGGUGCCCGCCAUCCAGUUCUUUAAGUCCCUGAAGCAUCAGGACUAUCUGUCACUGCCCCCCUGGGACAUCAGCCGGCCUGGGCAAGUGUGCUGAAACCCAUGACCUUGCCGGCAGCCCGAACGGGCCCCAGAGGCUCUGUCCCACCAAGAUGUCUGGACUGGAGCACAGCCCGCCCCUCCAUCCUGCCCCUGACCUUCAGCAACGCCCUCCCUUCCUGUCUCUUCUCUGUUUCUGUCUCUCAAAAUCAACUUGAAUUUAUUUCAGAUCCUGGUUUACCAUGCA